CUGGAAGACGGGACGGUUCCGAAGUUUAGGUAGUAGGACCGGGCGGUGGCGAUGAGAGGACUGAUCCAGUACACCACCACGUGAUCGAUAAUGACCUCUGCCUUAAAUUAAACCGUUUAUAACAGUGGGGAUCAAGCGCCACCAACUUACCAAUUCAACGGUUCCAAACCUACUAGCCAUUUAGUGUAGGAACGUUAACCGGUUGACGUAGUGGCGUUGGCUUUGUGAGUCUGAACUUUCUUCAGCACUGGAACACUAGUGCGGAACCCGCUACAUUCGUACAAUAAGUAACAUUUGCGCUACUUUAAUAAUAGACCUAGAUCACCUUUAAAACGGGGAAACAAGCAAACGAUCAAUAGUUUUUCAACACACAUGUAGACCUUCCGACUACUUCAAACUUGAACUUCAAACUUCACGUACAACCUGCAACCUUUCACCAAGGAGGUUAAAAUUCAACCUUUGAAAAUGGCUGGUAAAAUGCCGACUCACAUAAUGAACCGCAUAUCAUUGCGCUUAACAUGUUUGCAGGUUAUUUUUAAUGAGUAAAUCAUCCGGUUUGUCAAAAUAUGAUUAUUCUAUACUUUUAUUUAAAGCUAUCUAAAUUUUUAGGUUUAAAAAAAUUCCAUAUUUGGCGAGUAUCUGUACUGAUAUUAGCACUAUUUUUUCAUAUCCACCAAUGUUCGGAUUGAUAACUUAUUUAUCUACUUCCGAGAGUUGUGCGGCUCAAAGACUUGUCCAUUGCUAAGUUUGUCUGGAGUUUCUUCCUUAAAAGCUCUCUCCAAAUUUGGACAGAAUUUGGUUGGCAAGAUGUUGGACUACGCAAUCUUUGCCAUCACGUUUGUGGUCUUUCUGAUAGCUGCGGUGUUGUAUCUGUACCCGGGCUCAAAUAAAAUCACCACCAUCCCAGGAUUGGAGCCAUCAGACCCAAAGGAUGGUAACAUGGAUGACGUAGGCAGGGCAGGCAGUCUGCAUGAGUUCCUACUGAAGCUCCAUGCAGAGUACGGAGACAUCGCCUCCUUCUGGUGGGGGCAGCAGCUGGUCGUCAGUCUGGCGGCGCCGGAACUCUGGAAACAACAUGAACGCGCCUUUGACAGGCCACCUCUGCUUUUUAAGGGGUUUGAGCCCAUGUUUGGUGCCAUGUCUAUCACGUAUGCUAACAGUGUGGAUGGUAGGACCAGGAGGAAGCUGUACGACCCCAGCUUUGGGCACGAGGCAUUGAAACAUUAUUUCAGCAUCUUCCAAGAGUUGGGGCAAGAGAUGGCCAGUAAAUGGGAAUCCACCAAGGGAGAUCAGCACAUCCCUCUUCAUGCACACAUGAUGGCCUUGGCUCUGAAGACCUUCACUCGAAGCUCCUUCGGAGACUCCUUCAAGGAUGAGAAGGAGUGUGUUCAGUUCGGCAGGAACUACGGCAUUUGUUGGAAUGAUAUGGAAGAGAGGAUCAAGGGAAGUCACCCCACGGAAGGAAGUCCCAGGGAGAAAAAGUUUAAAGAAGCACUGGGAAAGUUACACGCUACUAUUGCACGGGUGGCAAAGUACCGUCGAGAGAACCCUCCCCCACCCCAGGAGCAACUCUUCAUCGAUGUGCUCAUUGAGGGGAAUCUGCCUGAGGAGCAGGUCUUGUGUGAUGCUAUGACAUUUACGGUUGGGGGAUUCCAUACUUCUGGAAACUUGCUGACAUGGGCCCUGUACUACAUCGCCACUCAUGAGGAGGUAGAAGAGAAACUGCACCAGGAACUGAGCGAUGUCUUGGGGAAGAAAGGAGAAGUCACCCCUGACAACAUCUCACAACUAGUGUACCUACGACAGGUUCUUGACGAGUCGUUGCGCUGUGCCGUGAUCGCUCCAUGGGGCGCACGUUACAUGGACCUGGACGCUGAAGUAGGAGGCCACAUUGUGCCAGCCAAGACCCCAGUUAUUCAUGCUUUUGGAGUUGUCCUCCAAGAUGAGAGGAUUUGGCCAGAGCCAAACAAGUUUGAUCCAGAUAGGUUUGAUGCAGAGAACAGUAAGGGUCGUCACAAGUUGGCAUUCCAGCCGUUUGGGUUUGCGGGGGGUCGCAAAUGCCCAGGCUACAGGUUCGCCUAUACGUGGACAUCAGUGUUCCUGUCCAUCCUGUGCCGACAGUUCAAGCUCCAUCUGGUGGACGGACAGGUGGUCAAGCCGUGCCACGGGCUCGUCACGCGCCCGGUCGACGAGAUCUGGAUCACGGUCACCAAACGUGACUAAUGCCAACAGUUACCUUCCCUCUUAUGGGCACUUAAGUCGACAUACAAAUGAUGUCUCUUUUUUUUUUGCAAUGCCUCAUUCGCAGAGCCAGCAGAAUUAAGACUAUGUGUGCACA